AUGUCGAGCUCAUCCGGCCCCGUGUACUUCGAACUCAGCUGGUCCAUCCUGAGCACCAUUGGAAUCGCAAAUAUCCUCUUUGGCUUCCUCGUCUGCAGCAUCACCAAGUUUUCUCAGAUAGCCGCUGUUCCAAUAAUAACGUCUGCCGCCGGGGCCAUCGCGAACGGGCUGUGCUACUAUGCCUUCUACGCCGAAGGGAACCCCACCAAGGGCAAGGCCGUGGCGUCGGCAUUUGCGGACUUACUUUGGUUGGUCCAAGAAGCGGGACUCUCAUUCUAUAGCUACGUGAUCUUGAGCCGUGUGCUAAGAAACGGCCGCUGGCACGUCUUUGCCAGUUUAUUUUGGACCAUUAUGGUUAUAAUUUCAGCUCUCAGAAUAAUGAUCGCCGUGACGAGAGUUAGAUCAAUCCUGGAUGGAGAUGAUUCAUAUCAGAAAGUCAUCAACAAGCUUCAUAUCGGCUACUUCGUCGCGAUCGCCGUGGUGGAGUGCAUCAGCGCAUACUUCCUGCUAGCAGUCUUCGCCUCCGCAAGAUCCACGUCCCUAAAUGCAGCCAUUGAGGCCGGCCCCUUUCGAUAUUUAAUGCGAAGCGCUGAGGUUCGUCUGGCUCUGCUCGCCGUGAUCGGCAUCAUGAGGGCUAUCACAUAUUCCUUUCAGGCUGCCGCGCAGAGCGCGACGAAUGUGGCAAGCCAACUGGACCGAUUCACCUACACUAUGGAAUGCCUCUUCCCCUUCGUCAUGUUCAUUGACAUGCUCGCGUCCAGAUUGGUGUUCACGGAUCAGGCGUAUUCGUCCUCCUCUCGAACCCAAACGUCCAGAAGUUGUCCCAGACAAUUCAUCUCAAAUACCAAGAAGGGGGUGUAUUCUGUGGCGCAAAACCAGCAAAUAGUUAAGGUCCAGGGAGGUGGAAAUAACAUUGGCCGCACAAGCUCACAGGAGCGCAUCCUUGAAGCUGGAGCAUCCCAAAUGACGUCCUUGGAGAUCCAGCUUGAGGACAGACAGAGAGCAAGGUAUUAG